AUAAUCCCAAUACAUAUAGAUAAAAUAUGCGGCGAAGAGUAGCUAAAUAUUAAUCCUAUUUUUAUGACCAAUAAAAUAUUGAAUCCUGUCCUCUCUCUAAUUCUGGAUUUCAUCGGGGCUUUCUAUCUCCUUUUCUCGAAACACGCAUCUGCUGUCAUCACACAGAUAGAUUAUUGGGUUUUGAUUGAUUUCAGGACAGACCGAGAUUAUUGGUCUUUUGAUUGAUGUCCGCAAAGACUGCGACUGGAUUUCUGAUUUCAAACUGGGUCUCGGUUUUAGGAAUUGUGGAUUAAAUUCUCUGUGAAUUGUGGACGAAAUUCCCUUUUAAGAUGUGGGGAAAUGGCCGAUGUUAUUGGGGAAGAAAGGAAGGGGAAUUCCGUGGAAUUGUUGUGGUAUUUGCUUGGAUGUCGAGUAAAGAGAAGCAUGUGAAGCCCUAUGUCGAAUUGUAUGGAUCACUUGGGUGGAAUUCUCUGAUCUGCCACUCGAACUUCUUCAACGUAUUUAUCCCUGAAAAUGCUACAUCCCUGGCAGUUGUUAUCCUUGAUGAACUUAUUAAGGAGGUCAAGAAUAGACAGUGCCCCAUAGUAUUUGCUACCUUUUCUGGUGGACCAAAAGCUUGCAUGUACAAGGUCCUUCAGAUAAUUAAUAGAGUAUGUGAUGGACAGAUCGAUCCGGAUGCCAUCCAGCUUGUUCAGCACUGUAUUUCUGGACAGAUAUAUGAUUCCCCUGUAGAUUUUAUUAGCGAAACAGGUACUAAGUUUGUUGUUCAUCCGACUGUUCUCAAAAUGACAAAUCCACCAAGGGUAUUUUCAUGGGCUGCCAGGGCCAUUGCCUCUAGCUUGGAUGCUUUCUUCCUAAGCAAAUUUGAAGCCGAUCGUGCUGAUUAUUGGCGUACCUUGUACUCAUCAGUAGCAACGGGUCCCAUCCUCAUUGUAUCCUCAGAAGAGGACGAUCUUGCUCCCUAUCAAACAAUUUGCAACUUCGCUCAGCGCUUACAAGAGCUUGGCGGGGAUGUUAAACUACUGUCCUGGAAAAGUUCACCUCACGUAGGUCACUACAGGCACCAUCCAGAGGAGUACAGGGCUGCUGUCAAAGAACUGCUUGAGAAAUCAUCACUUGUUUUCUCUCAAAGAAUGCUUAAACUACAGAAAGAUGUAUUGUCCUUAAGUGGCAACGGUUCUCACGAUGCCAUAUCAGAAUCAGUGUGCAGUUUACGAAAAGCAGCGAAAUGCUCAAACCAAAGUCUAAGGAGGGUUGCAGUGAGUCCUAGUGACCACUUCUACUUGCCAAGCUCUGUAGAGUUGGACAUAGGCAAAGUGGAUGGGCCUAUGAAAGAUGAGAGCAAGGAAUAUGACAUCCACGUGCACGAGGGCCCAAACAUUAGUGCCCAUGGUGUUCUUGGUAAAAUCCUCUUUGAUGUAUGUGUGCCCAAGAAUAUUGAGAAUUGGGAUAUAAAGCACGGGGCUUUGAGUUUGUCGCCUUUGAGGCAUAGGCAUGCUAUGUUUAAUCCCAUCAAGUGUAUCAGACGGUCAAGAUUGUAACUGUGAUAUGAAUAAAGGGUUCUAUAUUGAAGUAAAGGUCCCCUUCU